GCAUUCUGUAAGGGAGGCAGAAAUUAGGUGGGGUUUAGAGAGGCAAAGAAGGACCUAGGUUUAGAGUGGGGAGGGUUGGUAUUUGAGAAAACAAAAGUGAAGGUUGGAAGAUAGAGAAACUGAUUUCUUGUGCUGUAAAGAGAUUUUUCUUUUUUUUGAAUGUGCAUUUCUACUUUUCCUAGAUUUAGCCUCAUUUGUUAUUCCUUUACCUUAGCGUUGUUUUCUUUUUGUUUUCAGCCCUCUUGAGUGCUACUGGGAUUGGGCAAGGAUCCAGCCUUUAGAGUUUGGGGAUAGAGGAGCGGUGGUGCCCCCCCCGGGCACGGGGCCAUGUACAACGGGAUCGGGCUGCCGACGCCCCGGGGCAGCGGCACCAACGGCUACGUCCAGCGCAACCUGUCCCUGGUGCGGGGCCGCCGGGGUGAGCGGCCUGACUACAAGGGAGAGGAGGAACUGCGGCGCCUGGAGGCUGCCCUGGUGAAGCGGCCUAAUCCUGACAUCCUGGACCACGAGCGCAAGCGGCGCGUGGAGCUGCGAUGCCUCGAGCUGGAGGAGAUGAUGGAAGAGCAGGGGUACGAGGAACAGCAAAUUCAGGAAAAGGUGGCUACCUUUCGACUCAUGUUGCUGGAGAAGGAUGUGAACCCUGGGGGCAAGGAAGAGACCCCAGGACAGAGGCCAGCGGUAACUGAGACUCACCAGUUGGCAGAACUGAAUGAGAAGAAAAAUGAGCGACUCCGUGCUGCCUUUGGCAUCAGUGAUUCCUAUGUGGAUGGCAGCUCUUUUGAUCCUCAGCGUCGUGCUCGAGAAGCUAAACAACCAGCUCCAGAGCCUCCCAAACCUUACAGUCUUGUCCGGGAGUCCAGCAGUUCUCGCUCACCCACCCCAAAGCAAAAAAAGAAAAAAAAGAAGAAAGAUAGAGGACGCAGGUCAGAGAGCAGCUCUCCUCGACGAGAGAGGAAGAAGAGCUCUAAGAAGAAGAAGCACAGGUCAGAGUCUGAAUCCAAAAAACGGAAGCAUAGGUCUCCCACUCCAAAGAGCAAACGUAAAUCUAAGGACAAGAAGCGGAAGCGGUCUCGAAGUACAACACCAGCCCCCAAGAGCCGUCGGGCCCACCGUUCAACAUCUGCUGACUCUGCUUCCUCUUCUGAUACUUCCCGCAGUCGGUCUCGAAGUGCAGCAGCAAAAACGCAUACAACUGCCUUGACUGGGCGAAGUCCUUCCCCUGUUUCAGGGCGUCGAGGGGAGGGAGAUGCACCUUCUAAGGAACCAGGUACCACCAACAUAGGGCAGCCUAGCAGCCCAGAGCCCUCUACAAAGCAGCCUAGCAGUCCUCAUGAAGACAAAGAUAAAGACAAGGAGAGAUCUGCAGUUCGACCUAGCCCCUCUCCGGAAAGGAGCAGCACAGGCCCAGAACCACCUGCUCCCACUCCGCUCCUUGCUGAGCAACAUGGCGGCUCCCCACAACCCCUUGCAACAAUCACAUUAAGUCAGGAGCCAGUGAACCCCCCAUCUGAGGCUUCCCCACCCCGGGGCCGUUCACUAACUAAGUCUCCUGAGAAACCGCCCCAGUCUUCUUCAGAGAGCUGCCCACCAUCCCCUCAACCUACCAAAGUUUCUCGACAUGCCAGCUCUUCCCCUGAAAGUCCUAAACCUGCACCAGCUCCUGGGUCCCGCCGAGAAAUUUCUUCUUCUCCCACAUCCAAGAGUCGCUCACAUGGCCGGGCAAAGCGGGAUAAGUCACAUUCUCAUACCCCUUCUCGAAGAGUGGGGAGGUCCCGUAGCCCUACCACUACUAAGAGGGGACGAUCUCGGUCUCGAACCCCUACCAAGAGAGGUCAUUCUCGGUCCCGGUCCCCUCAGUGGCGUAGGUCCCGGUCUGCACAGAGGUGGGGACGAUCCAGAAGCCCCCAGCGACGUGGCCGCUCUAGGUCUCCUCAGCGACCAGGCUGGUCUAGAAGCAGAAAUACCCAGAGAAGAGGCAGGUCUAGAUCAGCAAGGCGAGGCAGGUCACACUCUAGAUCCCCAGCCACUAGGGGCAGAUCUCGGUCUAGGACGCCAGCCCGUCGGGCCAGGUCUCGCUCUAGAACACCUGCCAGGCGCAGAUCACGAUCCAGAACACCCACCAGACGUAGGUCUCGCUCUAGAACACCAGCCCGGCGGGGCAGGUCUCGCUCUAGAACACCUGCUAGGCGCAGAUCUAGGACCCGAUCACCAGUACGACGGAGGUCUCGUAGCAGAUCACCAGCCAGGAGAAGUGGCAGGUCACGCUCUAGAACCCCAGCCAGACGUGGUCGGUCACGCUCUAGAACCCCAGCCAGAAGAGGGAGAUCUCGGUCUAGAACACCUGCAAGACGAGGACGGUCUCGGUCUAGGACACCGACAAGACGAGGACGGUCUCGGUCUAGGACACCUGCAAGACGAAGAUCUCGUAGUAGAAGUGUGAUUAGACGGGGAAGAUCUCACUCUAGAACGCCACAAAGAAGAGGCAGGUCUGGUUCAUCAUCAGAGCGGAAGAAUAAAUCCAGAGCGUCACAGAGAAGGAGCAGGUCCAACUCAAGCCCAGAAAUGAAAAAAUCUCGCAUUUCUUCAAGGCGGAGCAGGUCUCUCUCUUCACCACGGUCCAAAGCAAAAUCUCGCUUGUCUCUGCGGCGAAGCCUUUCAGGGUCAUCUCCGUGUCCUAAACAAAAGUCUCGGACACCACCAAGGCGCAGUCGCUCUGGAUCAUCCCAACCAAAAGCUAAAUCUAGAACACCACCAAGGCGAAGUCGGUCUGGUUCUUCUCCUCCUUCUAAUCAGAAAUCUAAAACACCAUCAAGACAGAGUUGUUCCAGUUCAUCUCCUCAACCUAAAACGAAGUCUGGAACGCCACCAAGGCAAGGGUCUGUAACAAGUCCCCAGGCAAAUGAACAAUCUGCCACGCCACAAAUGCAGAGCUGUUCAGAAUCACCUGACCCUGAGAUGAAAUCUACAACCCCUUCGAGACAUAGCUGCUCUGGGUCCUCUCCUCCUAGAGUGAAAUCAAGCACAUCUCCAAGACGGAGCCGAUCUGAGUCGUCGUCUCCACAACCCAAAGUGAAGGCAGUAACGUCACCAAUCCAGAGCUGUUCUGGCUCCUCUUCUCCAAGUCCUAGCAGGGUGACAUCCAAAACAUCUCCAAGGGAAAGCAGAUCAGAGUCUCCUUGCUCCAAGGUGGAAUCUAGACUGUUGCAAAGACGAAGCCAUUCUAGGUCCUCCUCACCAGAUACCAAAGUGAAACCUGGAAUGCCACCAAGACAAAGUCACUCAGGAUCUACUUCUCCAUGCCCUAAAGUAAAGCCCCAAACUCUAUCGGGACACGAUCUUUGUGGAUCGAAGUCACCAUGUUCCCAAGAGAAGUCUAGAGACUCAUCAGCACAAAGUUCUGGGUUCUUCUCUCUCUGUCCAGGAGUAAAGUCUAGCACACCACCAGGAGAGCUGUGUUUUGCCACCUCCUCUUUGCAACAGAAAGGACAAUCUCAAACUUCACCAGACCCUAGAUCUGAUGCUUCAAGUCCAGAAAUGAAACAGAGUCACUCUGAGUCUCCAUCUCUGCAGAGCACAUCUCAGACACCUCUUAAGGGUGGCUGGUCCAGGUCCUCAUCUCCAAUCACUGAGCUGGCACCCAAAUCUCCAGCAAGACAAGAAAGAAGCGAAUUAUCCAGUCCUAGGCUAAAAUCUCUAAUGUCUCCUGAGCAGAGCAAGUCUCAGUCUGACUCUACCCUGUAUCCUGCAAUGGACUCUAAAUCUUUUCUGGGGCAGAGUAGAUUGGAGCCUUCUGAAUCGAAAGAGAAAACAGGCUUAUUCCUUCAGGAGGAUAUUACUGUGUCAUCUCCUAGACCAAGAGACAAAUCAAGUCCUCUUCCAGUGCAGGAUAAGCCUGAUUCCCCACCAGUACUCAGAGAGACUCCUAAAACCCCAUCAAGGGAAAGAGGUGGUGGUGGUGGAUCAUCUCCAGAUACAAAAGACCAAAGUGUGUUAGCUAAGCCAAGCCAAGAUGAAGAAUUAAUGGAGGUGGUAGAGAAAUCUGAAGAACCCUCAAACCAGGUCCCCUCCCAUUUGUCUCCAGAACUUAAAGAAGUGGCUGGAAGUAACUUUGAAUCAUCUCCUGAAAUAGAAGAAAGACCCACUGUGUCUCUAACUGUUGACCAAAGCCAGUCACAGACUUCUUUGGAAGUAGAAGUCCCUGCAGUGGCCUCAACUUGGAGUGGGUCACAUUUUUCUCCAGAACAUAAAGAACUGUCUAAUUCUCCCCCGAGGGAGAAUAGUUUUGGGUUACCUUUAGAAUUUAGAAACUCAGGUCCUGUUGCAGAAAUGAAUACUGGAUUUUCUCCUGAAGUUAAAGAAGAUCUGAAUGGAUCUUUUCCUAAUCAGCUGGAGACAGAUCCAUUUGUAGAUCUGAAGGAACAAUCAACAAGGUCCUCUAGACGCAGUAGUUCUGAGUUAUCCCCAGAUGCAGUGGGAAAAGCAGGAAUGUCUUCAUAUCAGAGUAUUUCUUCACCGGUACUUGAUGCAGUACCCAGAACACCAUCAAGGGAAAGAAGUAGCUCUGCAUCUCCUGAACUGAAAGAUGGCUUACCCAGAACCCCUUCGAGGAGAAGCAGGUCUGGGUCUUCUCCAGGACUUAGAGAUGGGUCUGGGACUCCCUCAAGACACAGCUUAUCUGGGUCCUCUCCUGGAAUGAAAGAUAUACCUAGAACACCAUCCAGGGGGAGAAGCGAAUGUGAUUCUUCUCCAGAACCAAAAGCUUUGCCUCAGACUCCUAGGCCAAGAAGUCGUUCACCAUCAUCCCCAGAGCUCAACAACAAGUGUCUUACCCCCCAGAGAGAGAGAAGUGGGUCAGAAUCAUCAGUUGAACAUAAGGCUGUGGCUAGGACUCCUCUUGGUCAGAGAAGUCGAUCUGGAUCUUCCCAAGAACUUGAUGGGAAACCAGGUGCAUCCCCUCAAGAAAGAAGUGAAUCAGACUCUUCUCCAGAUUCUAAAGCUAAGACACGAGUACCGCUUAGAGAAAGGAGUCGCUCUGGCUCAUCUCCAGAGGUCGAGAGCAAAUCCCGACCUUCUCCUCGGCGCAGUAGAUCUGGCUCAUCUCCUGAAGUUAAAGAUAAGCCAAGAGCAGCACCCAGGGCACAGAGUGGUUCUGAUUCCUCUCCUGAACCCAAGGCUCCUGCCCUUCGUGCUCUUCCCAGACGAAGCAGGUCAGGUUCAUCAAGCAAAGGCAGAGGCCCUUCUCCUGAAGGAAGCAGCAGUUCAGAGUCGUCUCCAGAACACCCACCCAAAUCCAGAACUGCUAGAAGAAGCUCUAGGUCCUCACCAGAGCCCAAGACCAAGUCCCGUACUCCACCUCGCCGUCGCAGCUCUCGAUCCUCUCCUGAGCUGACUAGGAAGGCCAGACUCUCUCGAAGAAGCCGCUCUGCAUCAUCCUCACCGGAAACCCGUUCUAGGACUCCCCCAAGACGCCGAAGAAGUCCUUCAGUCUCUUCCCCAGAGCCAGCUGAAAAGUCAAGAUCCUCACGCCGCCGGCGCUCAGCUUCAUCCCCACGUGCUAAGACAACUUCAAGGAGAGGCCGUUCUCCGUCACCAAAGCCCCGUGGGCUCCAGAGGUCCCGUUCCCGCUCAAGGAGGGAGAAAACCAGAACAACUAGACGUCGAGAUAGGUCUGGAUCUUCUCAGUCAACCUCUCGGAGAAGACAGCGGAGCCGGUCAAGGUCUCGGGUCACUCGUCGGCGGAGAGGAGGCUCUGGUUACCACUCAAGGUCUCCCGCCCGGCAGGAGAGUUCCCGAACUUCUUCCCGACGCCGAAGAGGCCGUUCGCGGACACCCCCGACCAGUCGGAAGCGGUCCCGCUCACGUACCUCACCAGCCCCAUGGAAACGUUCAAGGUCUAGGGCCUCUCCCGCCACUCACCGGCGAUCCCGGUCCAGAACACCUCUGGUCAGCCGCCGUAGGUCCAGGUCUAGAACCUCACCAGUCAGUCGGAGACGAUCAAGGUCCAGGACAUCAGUGACUCGACGAAGAUCUCGAUCCAGAGCAUCUCCAGUGAGUCGAAGGCGAUCCAGGUCUAGAACACCACCAGUAACCCGCCGUCGUUCAAGGUCCAGAACACCGACACGCCGGCGCUCCCGUUCUAGAACUCCACCAGUGACCCGAAGAAGGUCUAGAUCUAGGACUCCACCAGUAACCAGGAGGCGAUCUCGAAGCAGAACUUCCCCUAUCACUCGCAGAAGGUCGAGAUCCAGAACAUCCCCAGUCGCCCGUAGAAGAUCUAGAUCUCGCACAUCUCCAGUAACUCGAAGGAGGUCCCGCUCUCGAACCUCUCCAGUGACACGCCGCCGAUCUCGGUCCCGAACACCUCCAGCUAUUCGGCGCCGCUCUAGGUCUCGGACCCCACUGUUGCCACGCAAACGUUCUCGAAGUCGCUCUCCACUUGCUAUCCGCCGCCGUUCUAGAUCCCGUACUCCGCGAACAACUCGGGGCAAACGGUCCUUAACAAGAUCUCCUCCUGCCAUCCGAAGGCGUUCUGCAUCUGGAAGUAGUUCUGAUCGUUCACGUUCUGCUAGUCCUCCAGCAACAAGGAAUCAUUCUGGUUCUCGGACACCUCCAGUAGCGCUCAAUAGUUCCAGAAUGAGCUGCUUCAGUCGUCCUAGCAUGUCACCAACACCUCUGGACCGCUGUCGAUCACCUGGAAUGCUUGAACCUCUUGGCAGCUCUAGAACACCCAUGUCUGUCCUGCAGCAAGCUGGUGGCUCCAUGAUGGAUGGUCCAGGUCCCCGAAUUCCUGAUCACCCAAGAACAUCUGUGCCAGAAAAUCAUGCACAGUCUAGAAUUGCACUUGCCCUGACAGCCAUCAGUCUUGGCACUGCUCGGCCGCCUCCAUCCAUGUCUGCUGCUGGCCUUGCUGCAAGAAUGUCCCAGGUUCCAGCUCCAGUGCCUCUCAUGAGUCUCAGAACAGCCCCAGCUGCAAGCCUUGCCAGUAGGAUUCCUGCAGCCUCUGCAGCAGCCAUGAACCUGGCCAGUGCCAGGACACCUGCCAUACCAACAGCAGUGAACCUGGCUGACUCGAGAACACCAGCUGCAGCAGCAGCCAUGAACUUGGCCAGCCCCAGAACAGCAGUGGCACCUUCUGCUGUGAACCUUGCUGACCCUCGCACCCCUACAGCCCCAGCUGUGAACCUAGCAGGAGCCAGAACCCCAGCUGCUUUGGCAGCUUUGAGUCUCACCGGCUCUGGCACACCCCCAACUGCUGCAAACUAUCCCUCCAGCUCCAGAACACCCCAGGCUGCAGCCCCUGCAAACCUGGUGGGUCCUAGAUCUGCACAUGCCACAGCUCCUGUGAAUAUUGCCAGUUCAAGAACCCCUCCUGCCUUGGCACCUGCAAGCCUCACCAGUGCUAGAAUGGCUCCAGCCUUGUCUGGUGCAAACCUUACCAGCCCCAGGGUGCCCCUCUCUGCCUACGAGCGCGUUAGUGGCAGAACCUCACCACCGCUUCUUGACAGAGCCAGAUCAAGAACCCCGCCGGGAGGCCCAGGCUCCAGAACCCCACCAUCUGCCCUGAGCCAGUCUAGAAUGACCUCUGAGCGGGCUCCCUCUCCUGCCUCUAGAAUGGUCCAGGCUCCCUCACAGUGUGUUCUUCCUCCAGCUCAGGAUAGACCUAGGUCCCCUGUGCCAUCUGCUUUUUCUGACCAGUCCCGAGCUUUGCUUUCCCAGACCACCCCUGUAGCAGGGUCUCAGUCCCUUUCCUCUGGGACAGUGGCCAAGACCACGUCCUCUGCUGGUGACCACAAUGGCAUGCUCUCUGGCCCUGUCCCUGGGAUGUCCCAUCCUGAGGGUGGGGAACCACCUGCCUCCACGGGGGCCCAGCAGCCUUCCCCGUUGGCCGCCCUGCAGCCAGCAAAGGAGCGGCGGAGUUCCUCCUCCUCAUCCUCCUCCAGCUCCUCCUCUUCGUCAUCAUCAUCAUCAUCUUCCUCCUCCUCCUCCUCUUCUGGUUCCAGUUCUAGCGACUCAGAGGGCUCUAGCCUUCCUACCCAACCUGAGGUAGCACUGAAGAGGGUACCCAGCCCCGCCCCAGCCUCAAAGGAGGCUGUUCGAGAGGGACGUCCUCAGGAGCCGACCCCAGCCAAGCGGAAGAGGCGCUCUAGUAGUUCCAGUUCCAGCUCCUCCUCCUCUUCCUCCUCUUCCUCCUCCUCUUCUUCCUCUUCCUCCUCCUCUUCCUCCUCAUCCUCCUCCUCUUCUUCCUCCUCUUCGACUUCUUCCUCCCCCUCCCCUGCUAAGCCUGGCCCUCAGGCCUUGCCCAAACCUGCAAGCCCCAAGAAGCCACCCCCUGGCGAGCGGAGCCUCUUCCCUGUCUCCCUGCCUCCACGCCAUUCUCUUCCACACGUAGCCAGAGGGAUCUUUCUAAAACGCACAUCUGGUUACUUCCCUCCACUCCACAAAUCCUUCCGGGACGCCCUGUGGCCUGCAGGAUAAAGCCCCACCUCUGCGGGAAUGGCGUGUGAGGCUCUUCACCAACUGGCCUUGCCUGCCCUGUGUUCUCCUCUCCUGCCCGCCCCCACACAUGCCCUGUGCUCCAGCCAUACCCAGCGCCUUGCAGUCUAAGGAGAACCCCAUGCCUUUGGACAUGCUGUUCCUUCUGCCUGGAAUUCCCUUGUCCGCCUGGUGAACUCCUCGUUCUGCAAGACUCCGCUCAAACAGCACCUUCGAGAAGACUACCCUGCCCUAUCCCUGCCCCACAUCCCCUCCCCCCGGGUCCCCAGACCCAUUGUACAUCGGUCCUUGUGGGGCUGCUUCCCAUACAUGGGGCCAAGUGGGCCUCCCUUCACCAGCAGACUGAGCCCCUCCAAGGGCAGGGACUGUCUUUAUCUUUGCAUCCCCCGCUGCACCCCGUGCCCUGCCAGUUGGGGCACUCGGUGGAUGGUGUGCGGGCGGAUGGGUGAGUGAGCAGACAAAGGUGGGUCUGAGGCUGGCCCUGUGUGGUAUGAGGUUUGGUGGUCAGGACCUGGGGGGUGGUCCUGAGUGCCGGCUGGUGGGUUUGAAAGACUCUGGUGCUAUGGGGACUUGCUCUGCUCCCCAGGUCCCGUAGCCCCCGGAAGCCAAUAGACUCCCUCCGAGACUCUCGGUCCCUCAGCUACUCGCCUGCGGAGCGCCGCCGCCCCUCGCCCCAGCCC